AUGUUUAUUUUUCGAACUCAUUUCUCCAUUAGCUUCAAAAACCAAGAACAAACUUUCAGAAAUCAUGAGGAGACUCAUCCCCAUUCUCAUCUCGUACUUCUAGCCAUCCCAUCGGAAGGAGCCAAAUGCCGAGGGCGUUAUAUGGAGAUGCGGGGUGGCGACGGCUUCGUGACUCGUGGAGGUUGUCGAGGAUUGGAUUCUCAGAUCCAAGAAGAGUAUUGGACAACCGUCGGAUUCGAUGGAGCUUUGAGAGAUGGCCGCACUACUGACGACUUCUUGGUGUUCCCAGAAUCCGAGAACAAUGGACAUCGUCAGAGAAACUCGUUCGUCGGUUAUUGGAUCACUCGCUCCAAAUACGGAGAGAACGUCCACUAUGAAGCCUUCGGUCACGCCUUCAUCAAGCCAGAUGGCAAAGUGUGUGGAUGGUUCGUCGGGUCCGAGAAGGAAGUCGUCGAGGUCUGCGGAGGAUUCCGUGUUCUCAGCCGCUCUCGCUACAACCCACACCAGCCAAUUCCAUUCGAGUGGGUACAAGGUGAGCACUACCGCAACCGAGAUGUCCUCGGAUUCCACAGACAUAAGAUUGGAAAGUACGAGGUGAAUGGAGAUGAAGUGAUCUUCGGUGAUGCCGAUGCCAAGAACAAGAAAUUCAACGGGGUUUCUGUCUCGAACGAGGAAAAAGUUCAGGUCGAAGAGCCCUCGGAUUUCCACAGAAAAGUGUGGUUAUUAAGAAAGAAGAACCAGCAACAACCACAAGAUACCCGAAUUCCAUUGAAUAUUGUAACGGAACCAAAACGGCGAGAGGAUUUGGACAUUUACAAAGAUCCACAUCAUGAGGAGAGAAUUCUCAAUUGGAGAAUGUAUCCUUAUUAUGAUCAAUACGGACGUCCAAGUAGUUCUCAAGUUGACGCCAGCCGUCCUGCUUACGAUUCUUCUGGAAGACGUAUUCCAUUCUCUGCAUCCAAUCAAUACGAUCAAUAUGCCAGAAAUCAACAACUACAGGAUUCUGGAAAUUCUGGAAAUUCUGGAAGUUCUGGAAAUUCCAAUCAAAUUUCCAACAAUUAUCAAUAUUACGAUUCUCAACAACAACCACCCAGAAAUCAUCCAGGAUACGAAGAAUGGUUGAGAAAUCAAUAUAGAAUUCGAGGAAUUAUUCCAAAGGGAUAUGAAAAUUAUUUUGCAAGUAAUAGAAGGAAUGAUGAAGGAAGUUAUGGAAGAGAAAACGAAAAUGGAAGAGAACAUCAAUUCGGCCAGUCUGGAAGCAUUGGAAGUGGUGUCCGUGUUGUCGGUGGGAAUGGCAAUGGAAACUCAGAGGCAAACUCGCAGAAUCAAUACGAGCAGUCAGCGUACGUCCUCCAACCAGCCAGCUCUGGAAGUUCUUCUGAUGCCAACAACAACGUGGUUUAUGAAGGACAGAACUCCGGAUCUCACAAUUCUGAUGAUGGAUCAACUAACUAUUUUGUAAACGGCGGAGACCCAGUGGAUGCCUCUGCUACACAAAUAAAAGUCGAUAAGGGAGAAAAUAAGCAAUUCAAGGUUCCAGGAGGAGAGGAAGAUUCCGAUGAUUCUAAAAAUGUAGUUAUUCCAAAGAAAGAACACGUCCGAUUCAUUCCCUACCAACCGCCUGUCGUAAUUCGUGACAAGAAAGGAAAUAUCUAUGAGAGACGGGUGGAAAAUGGGAAGGUUCAUUAUAUUGAUGCAAGUGGAAAUGAGGUCAAAAUUGAUAACUCAAAAAUUGACCAAAAAAUCGAAAGAGUUCUCGAGAAUCGUCGUCGCCAAGAAGAAGCAUCACUGAGGUCGUUGAUUGAAAACUCUGGAGAUUCCGCAGAUGAAUCCGAUCCGAUUACUGCAGCUGAAACCGGAAGGCAAGGUUGA